CUGCUCCACAUACUGUUGUGUUGCGUCUCCGCUGGCGUCAUGACAGCAGGCAGCCUGCGUUUACGGAACUUUUGGAAGGAGAGGAGCGAGACUCUAUCAUAAAUUGGCUUCACUGACCAGUUGGCGCGUGUGAAGGACACUAAAGGACGGAUCCUGUCUUAUGUUUGGGCGGCGCAGGGAGCUUGGUCGUCGACGCUACGCGGGCUCGCCGGGCUGCGUGUCGGAACCGGUGUGUAGGUGAUGUUGUCCGUGCUUUCCUACGGCCGACUGGUAGCCAGAGCUGUCCUCGGCGGACUCUCUCAAACGGACAGCCGCGACUACAGCCUGGUGACGGCCAGCUGCGGCUUCGGCAAAGACUUCCGCAAAGGUAUCCUGAAGAAAGGAAUGUGUUAUGGAGACGACGCGUGUUUCGUCGCCCGGCACAGAUACGCGGAUGUUCUGGGUGUAGCAGAUGGUGUCGGAGGUUGGAGAGACUAUGGCGUGGACCCAUCUCAGUUUUCGAGUACGCUGAUGAAGACAUGCGAGAGACUGGUGAAGGAAGGCCGAUUUGUUCCCAGCAAUCCUGUGGGAGUCCUCACCAGCAGCUAUUAUGAGCUACUGCAGAACAAAGUGCCACUGCUGGGGAGUAGUACGGCGUGUAUAGUUGUGCUGGACCGGCACAGUCACCAGCUUCACACGGCAAACCUCGGGGACUCUGGCUUCCUCGUGGUUCGAGGAGGGGAAGUUGUUCACCGAUCCGAUGAGCAACAGCACUACUUUAACACACCUUUCCAGCUGUCCAUAGCGCCCCCUGGGGCAGAAGGGGCUGUCCUCAGUGACAGCCCUGAUGCAGCUGACAGCUCUUCCUUCGACGUGCAGCUCGGUGACAUCAUCCUCACUGCUACUGACGGGUUGUUCGACAACAUGCCCGAUUACAUGAUAUUGCAAGAGUUAAAGAAACUCAAGAACUCAAACUACGAGAGCAUCCAGCAGACGGCACAGAGCAUCGCAGAGCAAGCACAUGACCUGGCAUACGAUCCCAACUACAUGUCGCCUUUUGCACAGUUUGCCUGUGACAAUGGACUGAAUGUGAGAGGAGGAAAGCCAGACGACAUCACCGUGUUGCUGUCUAUAGUGGCAGAGUACACAGACUAAAAGCCUGCACGGCGCUCUGACAAAAGCAGCUGAUGGACUGCUCCUAUUCCUGCUGGCCAGGAGGACCCUGUUCUUCCCAUCUGAAGAUCCUCCACGAAUGUCUUGGAAGGUGGCAGGUUUCGCAAAACAAUUUUUGUGGCCCAAUUUGAGGACAAUUUAGAGGAUGGGUGAGCAACAGGAGGACGAUGAGGAGGAGGUGUCGAUUCAGAGAUUGGAUUGAUGUUGGGUGGUUCUAGAAGCCCCAUGAUGAGCUGCCAGAGCUGGCCUUUAGCCAUGACUAGAAGGGAAAUGCACAGUAGCACCCCUAGUGCUGACAAACUGGGCUGCCACGUGCAAACUGAGUUUAAGAUGAACAAAGCUGUGGAAAGCAUAUUUGGACGAAGAGUGAAUGUGUUAGGAUGUAUGAAGCAGCUAGUGUUGAUAUUAUUGGCUGUGGUUACAUUUGCACAACUUCCCUUUCACGUUUCACAUAUCUAGUCCUAACCAUGAGGAGUAGACAAAUAAACCUCCAAACCCUCAAAGACUGUUCAGCCUAAGUUGUGUUUGAAGUAAAAUUUAAAAGCCAUUGUUGCAUCAUUGUCACUUGCAAUAGUCUGCAAUUGAGCAACAACACACAACUGAUACAUAAGACUUCCUGUUGUGAAAAUGUAGUCGUGAUGAUAUAGCCACAGUCUUGGAGAGCCGAGGAGCUAAACAGCAAAAAAGUACAAGACAUCUGCCUCCUUUAUUGGAGAGCACCUGAUGCUUCAUACAAUUUCUGCAGCAGGAUUUGUAACGUAUACAGAGUCAAAGAAGCCCCCCUUCCCUUUAGUGUGUGUGUGUGUGUGUGUGUGUGUGUGUGUGUGUGUGUGUGUGUGUGUGUGUGUGUGUGUGUGUGUGUGUGUGUGUGUGUGUGUGUGUGUGUGUGUGUGUGUGUGUGUGUGUGUGUGUGUGUGUGUGUGUGUGUGUGUGUGUGUGUGUGUGUGUGUGUGUGUGUGUGUGUGUGUGUGUGUGUGUGUGUGUGUGUGUGUGUGUGCGUGCGCGCUUGUGUGCGUGCGUGUUCUUCAAUGCUUCGACUGAAAUGUGUAAUUAUUGCACCUGAGAGCUCAAGAUGUCUCUACAUCCACAGGGCUAAAGUUCUCUUUCAGUCUUAAACGCACAAGACAAGCGAAGCAUAUCUGAUGAAGCUCAAAAUGGUGGGGUUUGGUCAUGUGGCCACUUGUAUUUUUGUAAUAUUGCAGGCUUGUUCACCCCCCCUCCCCUCACAUCUAGUUUCAGUUGGUUAGAUGUCAAAGAAAGGAGAUGCAUCACGUUCACCCCAGUUUUUUUCUGCUUCAGUUGAACAGAUUUUGUUUUCUUCUUCACAGCUUUGAUAGUUUUUUUCUUAAUUUAAAAAUGUGCCUUGGUGAUAAAGAUAUUGUCAACCCUUUAACUGUGUGGCACUUACUGGGCACUACAACUGUCAGUCAAAAUGAAUCUUCCAUCUUCAGAAUCUUUUCACUCUGGAGCUGACAGUUUUACAUAGAAGCCAUUCCAAAAUUGACAUAAUGCUGUGAAAGCUGCGGUUACAAGUCAGUACUAUAUUCCUGCAACUCCAGGUAGCCACUGUGUGUCAGCUAUUUCGUAGUUAAAGCAACUUCAGUCCAGAAAUGUGAUUCUUAGCACCAAGGACAAUCCAAGCAGCCUUAAUAUGCAAAACAUAACUUCUUUUCUUCUGAAGAUCUCAUGCUCAGUCUUUUGCCUGCCCAACAAUCUUCUUGGUUUUUUUUCUAAACUAACUGUUACACACACAGCUUUUGAAUGCAGUCCAUGCAGACCCACUCUGAUGUUUUGGGGCAAUAUUUAAAUAAAGAUUAUGCUAUUUAUAA